AUCAUUCUUUUGGAGUCUCCUCAACUUUGGGUAAAUACUGCAAGAGUGAACUUGUUUGAUAUUUUUCAGCCUAUGAUGGAGCAUGUGCGAUUUCACCCAUGUUUUGUCACUGAAACAGUGCAUUCUGAAACAGAAAAACACAGAUGGAGAAAGAAAGAACCUCAUGACAUUGUAAUAGAGUGCAAGAAGUUAUCUCUGGAUCCGAUUGAUAGAAUACAGGAGAAAGGAGGCUUUAUGUCCUCUUGGACAUCAAAGCAGAAUUGCCAGGACCUUUUUGCUGACAAAUCUAUUAGCUCCAUACUCACAGGAUCAUGUGAUAGUCAGGGACCUGAAAUUAGCAGGUCAAAAGAACGUCGAAUGUCUGAUUCAGCAACACAGACUGGUAAAUCUUUACAAAGUGGAGACAGUGGCACUGAUUCAUGCAGCUUGCCAGUCAUGUCGUCUGAUGAGAGCACAGCAGACUGGAGUCCUUCAGUUGUGUGUGGGCUCAGCACCCCACCAUCAUCCCAGAUGUCACCCUCAACAAGCAACCCUGAUCUGCUGCUGGCUUGUAAUACUCAGUCUCACUGUAGCACACCUGCUGCAGUGUACACCCCAGGGCAGUCCCCAACAACAUCACUUGGGGAUGAUGUAGCCAGCUAUCAUCAUGGAUACUCAAGCUCCCCCUCAAUUACUGGGAGUAGAGGGAAGACUGGUGCAUCAGAAUGGAUGCAUAGAAGUCAUGAGGGACAGUUGUCAAGAGCUUUGUAUUCUGUGCUAGCUCAGCACAGUUCUGCAUCUGCCCCUGCAGCAAUCAGGGGUCAUCAAACAUCAACACCCAAAGAACCUGUAAAAUGCGAGAAUGACAAAAAUGAGGGUAUGCCACUUCAUGAUGGAUGUAACUCACUGACCUCCCCAUCCAGCAGUGAACUGAGUACGUUUGAAAUUAAAGAUGAACAAACUAAGGAAAAUUUUACAGGAACUAGUGAAGAACAAUUUGAUAGCAGUAAUUUGAAUGUUUCACCCAAGGAGGAAUAUAGAGACUUCAGCAGGCAAGAAAGUCUUGUUUCAGAAAGCAAUGAACUCAAGUCAUUUGAAUCACACAAGGAUGUAAUCAGUUCAGAUUUUUUGUCAGAUUCUUUGACGCCUGUCGGUUGUCAGUCACUCAAGUCAGUAGAUGCAGUGACAUUAUCCAACACACCCAGUGAUUCUAUGAACGGAUCUUCCAAUGUUUGUAUGUCUACAGAAGUUCAGGAAUCAGGCAUACAUGUAUCUCAGCCAUGUUAUGAUUCUGAUAGCUCAUUGCUGAGUAAAGAACACCAUGAGCAACCAAGCGGUGCUGAGUUAGAAAACAAGUUGCAGGAGGUGAACAACAGUGAAACUAGCAUAGCAUCCGACGAGGCUUUAACAGACGUUUCAAAAUUUCACAGCACUACUUCUGCUGUUCACCGGAACCACUAUCCAGCUCAUACAUGUGACUUGCUCACAGCUUUUCCUCAGCUGUUACCUUUAUUUCAGAGUGAGCAGGAGCACAGUGGACACAGUUCUAUGGCUGAUGGCGAUGAUGUAACGUCAUCAAGACUUCAGCAGCAGUUGUGUGGAGCUAGCCCAGUGGAAAUUCUUGAUAAUUACUUGAAGAUAGGGAAUAGUGUGCACUGUGGUCAGCUUUCAAGGAUUCCUCUGGUCAGUCAAGCUGGGACAGUGUGGACACAUUUUGGAGGUGACCCCCCUGUGGAUGAAGUGGAAAUUCUGAGAGGACAAGUCAAACUGCUUCAUAAUCAACUCCUGUUUGAACGACACAAGUGUGAUCUGCAUGCUAUCCGUAACAGAAGACUUAUAGGCAAGACAUUUAAGGCUGCACAAUACCAUGAAGAACUUCUGGCCACUAAAGAUCAAUUGAGACUACAAGAAGAUAAAAUGAGGGAACUGACCGAUGCACUCAAUACACAAGUAGAAGAAAACAGGAAAUUUAAAGAAAAUUCCUCUAGUUGGGAUCACCAGCAAAGGUUGCAACUGAGGGAUUUGUUGAAUGAAAAUUCUCAACUGAAAUAUGCUCAAGAGGAGCUCCUUGACAAGCUUAAAGCUCAGCAAGAAGAGUUUGAUACAAAACAGUCAGAGGUUAACCAGGUGAAAGCAAAAGUGUUCACAUUAGAAAAUGAGCUGGAUCGACUCAAAGUGGAAGUAUCAGAAAAAGACCAAUUAUCAGAGCAGGUGAAUCACCUUGUCAAGGAACUUCUAAUUAUGGGGGAAUUAAACCAACAACAAAAAGAUGUAAUUCAAAAACUUGCUCUGGCUGAGGGACAGAAUCCUGAGAGCAAUCUGCAGUUACAUGGUUGUCACAGAGAACUGGCAGUUGCAAAGCAAACAGUGAAAAGGCAGAAAGCUGAACUAGAGGCCAUAACGUCCAAACUUGCAGACAUGGAGACACUUGUUUCUAGCAAGGAUAUGGAACUGAGAGAACUCAAGAAAUUCACUGAAGGACUGAAAGGAACUUACCUUGGCAAGAUACAGAGCCUUGAAGAAAAAUAUAAUGCCCAAAAGAAGAUAACUCAAUCCAUAGAGUCUUAUAUCCUUGAUCUGCAGUCAUCCGUGGACAGUGAAAAAGAGAAAAUGGAGCACUACUCUUAGAACAUAUUUAAAUAAUAUAGUUUAAUGUAAUCUGCAUCAUCCUAAAAUUAUUUAUCUGUAUUGAAGUACAUUCCACAACAGGCUUCUGUUUGUUGGUAAAGCUUACUAACCAGAUGUAAUAUGUACAGUGUAGCUAGUUUAUUCCUUAAUUCUGUGGUCACUCACGGAAACCUUCUCAGUCUGGCCUACUUGAAUCCAUAGUUUCUUCUAAUAAGCAAUUCUAAAAUUAUGGUGUAGACCCUUUGCAUAAAUUUCUGCCACCUCUCCUCGGGACCAGUUUUCCAAAAUACCAAAAGUUUCCAAGUAAAUCACUAUAUUUGGAACCUCUUGUAAGUGACCACCUCUC